AUGGUCAAGUUUGAACUCUUGAUCGCUUCGGCCCUCGCGGUAGGUGCGCUGGCACACCCUACCAUCAAGCACAUUGGCAGUGAGAAACGAUUCUGCGCCAACGAGGAGCCCAGCACCAUUUUCGCUCGCAACGAGCUGACCUCGCGCGCCGCCAUCCCCAAGGCGACCACCUGGAACCCUCCUUCCCACCUGGUCACUGCGCUCGACCAGGUCUGGAAGCAGACCCAAAAGGAGAACCCAGGCGGCCUCCAGGACAAGAACUGGAUCACCGACCAGCUCAUGGCCAAUAACGGCACCAUCAACUACUGCGUGCGCUGGAACCAAGCCUCGCGCAAGAGCACUGCUGCCGAACGCACCAAGACCACCGCCGCCCUCCAGCGCUCACUCCAGAAGUGGUUUGACGUGCUCGUUGGCUUCGAAGGCUUCCCGCUCACCAAGCUGACCGUUAAGACCGUCGGCUACGCCGUCAAGCAGAAGAGCCAAAUCGAAGGCGAUGCCACAGGCCUUGAUAUCUAUACCACCACCGAUGCAGACGGCAUCCCUGAGUGCGACACCCGCUGCUACCGCGGAGCUCACCUUGACGACCCCAACGGCAUCAGAUCGUGCCCCGGCGGAGAGGACAGCCGCUACGACAUCUCGCUGUGGCUGGAAGACGCUCUGGAGGGCGAGAUUGGAGGGUACGGAUACAACUGGGGCCAGGAGUUGGCUGGUGAUUACGUGCUUGGCAACCUGGACUCUGACAACAUCCACAUCCUUCUGCACGAGAUGGGCCACGGCUUCGGUCUCCUGGACUUCUACGACUGGGUUCCUCAGGGCCAGACCAGCUUCAUCAUGAUGGCUGGCAGCGCCAUGGAGAUUACUGAGUUCGACGCUUGGAUGCUGAGGGACUGGUACAGAAGGCUGAAGGAAGUCCGCGGCUGGUAG